AUGCGCAAAGCCGUCGCAAACGUGACCGCUAACGAGGGCGACUCCAGGGACUACACAGGAUACACAGAGGAGGUGCGUGUCGCGGCCGCAAACAUCGACGCCGCAUUCCCCAACAGGACGGCCUUCCGUGACAACAAUGGCGCCGGCAGGCUGACCGUCACGACAGCAACUGGCGACAAGGAUGGGGACGGCGAUCUGGAUGAGGUGCACGUUCUGGGGGCGCGCAGCUUCUCAGUCUGGCAGGUGACCGGCGGUGCCGGCGGUGGUGUCACGCUGGCCUAUGACAGCGCCAACGACCUGGAGAUCCGCACGGCUGCCCCCGAG